GGAAGAGAGCAGAGAAGGGACGAGGCGAGGAGAGAGAGAGAGAGAGAGAGACGAGGAGGAGCUCGCGAGGUCCGAGCCUUCUGCCAGAAGAGCGUCGCGCCCCUUCCUUCGCUGCCUUGAAGUGCCCGACGAGCGCGCGAGGGGCGCCGGGCUCUGCGAUUGCUCGAGUGCUCGAUUGAUUGAUUUAUUGAUUGAUUGAUUGAUUGCUCGCUGGGCUCUCGCGACGAACGAACGAACGAACGCGCCGUCCAGAGCUCGUUUUGCCAGGCAGAAUCCUGCAGCUUGGACAUGACGUUACCUGACGGGAGCGGGCACUCCGCGAACGGGAAUCGAAUUGGACGUUAGUGCGCGAGCCAUCGAGCCGGCCAGAGGAGGAAAUCGUUGUUGUCCGAGGUGACAAAGAUUUGAUCGAUCAAAAGAGUUUUGGUGGUGGAGGCCGGGGAAUGCCGACGGAGCCGGGUUGUGUUCCCGUCGGAACGAUUCAGCUUGGCUCAGUUGAGUAGCAGUCCAGGAACAAGUGUUGUAUUAGCGCCGGGUCCUGGAGUGGCAGGAGCUCUUCUUUGUGUGGAGCAUUAAAUAUGGGAACCGAGCGACGCCCGGCAAGCAACGGGUGACUCGCUCCUGACAGCAUAGACGCUUGAAAAUCUCGCAAGCUCUAGACAGCUUGCAAGAGUUUGAUUUUUUUUGCCGGGAAAUGUGGUCGUCGAAGCAAAUUGAUUGAUGGAGGGGGGAGUGUAAGCAAAGGUUCUCAUCUUGAGGGGUCCAGGGCUGCCUAGCGUGAUGGAUCACGCUCCACGGAAGAGGGGCAGGCCUCCCAAGCAUCCGAAGCCCAGUGGUCCGGCAUCUUCGCCACCCCCUUCAGGGUUCUCAACGGCACGGGGUGUGGUUGGAACCAAUGCUACGACCGAAAUUCUUCACACUCAAAAAUCUGGCGGAGCAGAAGGGGAGGAUGUAGAAAUGCUGGACCGCGCACCAUUAGUACGAACAGGACAGCGUGGGAGGCCUCAAAAACGAGGGGUUAUCAUAAAGAAGAGUCCUCCUGUGGGCGUGGGUCAGGGAGGAAAGAGUGGUGGUGGUGGCACCACUGACAGGGAGUAUUCUAAAGAUGUAGAAGGAGGAAGUUUGGAGCUGGAUGAGAGGUCGACUGAAAAGACUACACGCAGGGGCAAGAAACCUGCUGUUCCCAAGCUUCAUCUGCAGUCUGAUACCCCUUGGCAUACCAGUUACGAUGAUACCAACGGGCCUGAUGACGUCAAGGAUGCACCUUUCAUGGAUGCUGUCGUGAAGGUGUUCUGCGUCCACACAGAACCCAACUUUUCGCUGCCAUGGCAGCGCAAGCGUCAGUUUAGUUCAAAUAGCAGUGGUUUCAUUAUUGGCGAUCGGCGCGUUUUGACCAACGCGCAUUCCGUCGAGCACCACACGCAGGUGAAAGUGAAAAAACGUGGAUCGGACACCAAGUAUCUGGCCACGGUUCUGGCAAUAGGGACAGAAUGCGACAUAGCCAUGCUCACGGUCAGCAACGAUGAGUUUUGGGAAGAUGUCACUCCAGUUGACUUUGGAUCAUUACCAAGAUUACAGGACGCAGUGACUGUUGUCGGGUACCCCAUAGGUGGUGACACCAUCUCUGUGACCAGUGGUGUUGUCAGCCGUAUUGAAGUGACAUCAUAUGUCCAUGGGGCCACGGAACUGCUGGGUGUUCAGAUCGAUGCAGCCAUUAACGCAGGUAAUUCCGGUGGACCAGCCUUCAACGAUCGAGGACAGUGCGUUGGAAUCGCUUUCCAGUCUUUGAAACACGAAGAUGCAGAAAACAUUGGAUACGUCAUUCCAACUCCAGUUAUCACACAUUUCAUCACCGACUACGUGAGAACAGGAGAUUAUACAGGUUUUCCCAUUCUGGGCAUUGAAUGGCAAAAGAUGGAGAAUCCUGAUUUGCGGAAGGCCUUAGGCAUGAAAACAAACCAAAAGGGAGUCCGGAUUCGGAGGGUUGAGCCAACCGCUCCAGCAGCCAAACAGUUAAUGUCGUCAGAUAUUCUUCUCAGUUUUGACGAUAUAGAUAUCGCCAACGAUGGGACAGUACCAUUUAGACAUGGAGAACGAAUCGGGUUCAGCUACCUUGUUUCUCAAAAAUAUACAGGCGAAGUAGCGAGGAUCAAGAUUUUGCGGGGUUCCAAGUUCAAAGAGUUCGAAGUUGAGCUAGCUAAUCAAAAGCGUUUGGUUCCAGCGCAUAUCAAGGGGAAACCUCCUUCAUACUAUAUCAUUGCGGGCAUCGUCUUUGCUGCUGUCUCGGUUCCAUACCUCCGAUCUGAGUACGGAAAGGAUUAUGACUACGAUUCUCCAGUCAAACUGCUUGACAAGCUGCUACAUGCCAUGGCACAAACCGAGGAGGAACAAUUGGUUGUGGUAUCUCAGGUAUUGGUUGCAGACAUCAAUAUAGGGUACGAAGAUAUUGUCAACACUCAGAUUCUUGCGUUCAACGGUACUGCUGUCAGGAAUCUGAAGCAUUUGGCGAACAUGGUUGAGAAUUGUGAAGAUCAGUUCCUACGUUUUGAUCUUGAAUAUCAGCAGAUUGUGGUGUUGGAGACGAAGACUGCGAAAGCUGCGACCAUCGAUAUUCUUGCUACCCAUUGUAUACCAUCAGCUUUUUCGGACGAUUUGAGAGUUUAGCUUGGGGAAGGCAGCUUUUUAAGCCUCGGCGAGUCCUCGCAGUUUUUGUUGUUCAAAUCCGAGUUUGAUACUUGCAACUCAUCAUUAUGAAAGAUCAUAUGUAGUCAAGAGUUUUACGCUAUUACAAUUUUUCACAAUCAAUGUAACGCAAAGUAGAUCCAUGCGACCUCGCAUCCAUCAUCAUGCUGAUGUGACAAGCAAUAAAGAAUAUGAAGGUGUACCAAAUUACGCAGU